AUGCCAAGAGUCCCUUUCCCACAGAGGUUAGCCCAGGCUAAGUUAGAGAAAAAGUACGGUAAAUUUCUAGACAUCCUUAAGAAACUUCACAUUAAUAUACCGUUCUUGGAUGCAAUUUCUGAAAUGCCUUCUUAUGCAAAGUUUUUGAAAGACAUGCUAUCUAACAAGAAGAAGCUUGCAGAGAAUGCUACUGUUUCUCUAACUGCAGAAUGUAGUGCCAUUCUGCAAAACACUCUUCCUAAGAAACUAGGUGAUCCAGGCAGCUAUUCAAUCCCAGUGAAGCUCGGAGAUAUAGAGAUCAAUAGAGCGCUAUGCGAUCUUGGUGCAAGUGUAAGCCUUAUGCCGCUCUCCAUCUGCGAAAAGCUUCAAAUGGGUGAGCUAAAGCCUACAAGGAUAUCUCUGCAACUUGCAGACAGGUCAGUUAAAUUUCCCCUCGGUAUACUUGAAGAUGUUCCAUUGCGAGUUGGUAAAUUCUUUAUUCCAUGUGAUUUUGUUGUUAUGGAAAUGGAAGAAGAUGCCCAUGUCCCUAUUAUUCUUGGUAGACCAUUCUUAGCUACUGCAGGUGCAAUUAUUGACAUGAAGAAUGGGAAAAUAACAUUUGAAGUAGGGGAUGAGAAAAUGGCUAAGCCUACUGAGUUCGCUCCUCCCCGAAUGUCCAUCAGCUAUCAAGGGACAUACAGCCCUGUUGAGGAGAUGAUUCCUCCGGCUCUUGAGGAUCAGCGCUUCUUCUCGCGCGAGGUGGUGACGGCGAUGGCGAGGUGCGUAGAUGCCUUUCGAAGCCAGCUAGUGAGGAUGAGGAACGUAGCUUACUGUCGUCGUGACUACGCUGCUGAGGAGCCUAUUCCUUCACGUACUCGGACAAGACCCGAGGCUAGGAGGGAGUCGUCUAGGUCUGGCUCGAGGCGUCGCCGCACUACUUCUGGUGGCCGAGAUGGCAGAUAUGACGCUACUCAGACCGAGGCAGUGGAGGGCUCGUGUUCCUUCCCUAAGGUGCAUGGACUUGGCCAAUAG